GUCACGAUUAUGUCAAACAGGUAAUUAUGUCUCACUUGCACCACUCCUAAGUGUUCAUUCUCACCUGUCUGUGGAUGUUUACCUGAAACCACCGAGCGGUGUAAGUCGAUAAGAGGCAGCCGAGCCGUUACUCCGGAGGCUUGCCUAACAAAGUGAGACAUGGCUGAAAUUAGUGCUGUCAACGCUGGUUUGCCCUCACCAUCCACUAUUAACGUCACUUUCCCGGUGCCAGAGGACGCCAGCACCGCCGCUGCAGCUCCUCCUGCAGCCUCCCUGAGCAGCGACGACUACCUGUUUGUGGAAGCCAGGCACCCCAACACCGUCCUGCAGGGCCUCAAUAGCCUGCGGCUCAACAACGCCUUCUGUGAUGUGACCCUGUGCUGUGGAGGACAGGAGUUCCCCUGCCAUCGAAUCGUGCUGGCCUCUUUUAGCUCCUACUUUCAGGCGAUGUUCUCCACUGACCUGAUUGAGUCUAAACAGGAGCGAGUUGCCAUCAACGGCGUUGAGCCUCAGAUGAUUGGCAUGCUGGUGAGCUACGCCUACACAUCAGAGGUCUACAUCUCCAAAGCUAAUGUGCAGGCUCUGCUGGCAGCAGCCAAUCUGCUGGACGUGAUGGCAGUGCGAGAGGCCUGUUGUCGUUUCAUGGAGCGUCAGAUGGAUGAGAUGAACUGUGUGGGGAUUCACUGCUUCGCUGAGGCUCAUUCUUGUAAGCGGCUGGAGAACAGCAGCAUGGACUACAUUUUGGAGCACUUCAGUAAUGUUUACCAGCAGGAGGAGUUUCUUUCUCUGUGCGUGGACAAGCUGACAGAAAUCCUUGCCAGUGACCAUCUCAAUGUGCUCAAAGAGGAGGUGGUGUUCGAGGCGGCCAUGCUGUGGUUGAAUAAAUGUCCCUCCCGCAAACAGAGCUUUGAAAAGGUCCUUGAACACAUCCGUCUGCCUCUGAUCAGCCCUUACUACCUCCACGACGUCAUCGAGUCUCUAGAUGUGGUGAAGGAGAACCAGGCCUGCCAGAGGCUCAUCUCUGAGGCCAAGGACUAUCUGCUGCUAAAGGACCGCCGCGGGGAACUCUACUGCCCGAGAGCGAGGCCACGAAGGUCCACAGGGACAGCUGAAGUGAUAGUGACAGUCGGUGGGGAGGAUGACAAGGUGGUGCUGCGCAGCGUCGAGAGCUUCGAUCCUGUGACCAAUCAGUGGAAGAAUCUGGCAUGCCUCCCCUUCGCUGUGAGCAAACACGGGCUGGUGGUGUCGGACUCCACUCUGUAUCUGGCAGGAGGAGAAUUUCCUGACGGCUCAGCGAGCAGGGAGAUGUGGCGUUACGACCCAUGCUUUGACUCCUGGUUCGAGAUGGCGCCGAUGAACGUAGCUCGCUCUGAGUUAGGCCUGGUGAUGCUGGACGGUUUUGUUUAUGCCGUUGGAGGAUGGGAGGGACGUUCUCGCCUGGACUCAGUCGAGUGCUACAACCCUCACACCAACUUGUGGCAGUUCACAGAGCCCGUCAAGAUGGCCGUCACAAGUCCUGCCGUGGUCGCCCUGGAUGGACUGCUCUAUGUUACAGGCGGUGCAGUUCUAGAAGAUGGUGACGGCACGGACCUGGCUCAGGUGUACAACCCUAAAACAUCAGUUUGGACGGAGAUCGCUCCGAUGCAGAUCGCUCGCUCUGGCUCAGCUGCUUGUACUCUUAAAGGAAAACUUUAUGUCAUCGGUGGAUGGCAUGCCUCCACAGAGAACACGGAUAAAGUCGAGUGUUACAAUCCUAAAACCAACCAGUGGACCAUGUGUGCCCCCAUGAAGGAGCGACGCUACCGGCCCGGUGCUGCUGUCGUGGACGGAAAGAUCUACGUCCUGGGAGGAGAAGAAGGCUGGGACAGGUAUCACGACACCAUCGAGAGGUACUGUGAUGAAACGGACACGUGGGAGAUCGUUGGAGAGAUGCCGACGAGUCGCAGCUGGCUCAGCUGCGUCUCUCUCCAGCUGAGGAAGGACAUCUGCAUGAGCAGCUGUCCUGACACACCCAAUGAUAACUGAGCAACUGUGCUGAGAAGAUUGACUUUUGUGGUUAUUUGCACCCUCAUGGAGGAUGGCGGUCUACAGCGCUCGGAACUGUGGAGACGGCAAUCUGCAGAGGGAGGCCUGGACACAGCACAAUGAUUGUGCUGCUGCUGGUGGAAGUGGUGGAGUCUUACUCACUCCUCUGGUGACAAAGGAAGUGUCAUACAUGGAGAUGAAGGGAUAGAUUAAUUGACGGACUGAUCAAGGACUCAGUCAGCAGUCUGCACCCACUCUCCGUAAGAUGUGAACAUGUCUAGGGUUACGUUUUACUGCCCCAGCACCUUGAAUCUGUGACGCUCCUCCCAGCCAACAUAGUGUAUUUUUGUAUCAAUUAUUUUGUGAUGUAUUUAUUGGGGUGUCGUAACUUUAAAAGAAACUAUGAAUCAUUUCAGUCCAGUAAAAGAUGCUCUGUGGGCCAAAGAAUCUCAGUGUGAAUACUUUCAAAGGUUACCUGUGGAAAACGAGAUGUCUUACAUGUGCAUUGUUUUUUUUUUUGUAUUUAAACUUUAUAAGUUCAGAACAAUUGUCACUACCUGUGAUAUGUUGAGUAUAUUUUUGUAAUGUAGUGUGCAUCAUGCCUUUUAGUGGUUUUUAAAUGGAAUUAGGUUCUAAUAAAUGAUGUAUAAUUCUGUUAUAAUUGCUGCCUGUUUCUUUCUUUACUUAAGGCUAAAAAACAACCCACAAACUUAAGUGAGGAAGAAAAGGGCUUGUGCAGUUCUGUCUCUAAGUUCUGUACAUCUUUGUUGUAUCUCAAGUCCAAAUUGUCCUAAUUUUCACAAAAAAACAUUUGGUUGUGAUCAAAAUAUUUUGGAAAUUUUGGUCAGGAUUUAUUACUUAAAAGGUUGUGAUGGAUCCUUUGAGCCCUUCAAAUGUUAUUUACAUAAAUUUCUUGUAGCUAUUAUUCAACUUUGUCAACUUUUUCUGCUAUUAAUUUGCAGUUCUGUAAAUCUGACACUGAUCUACAGGGGUGUCAAUAAGUUUUCUGGUUCUCGUCAAAAGCUAAAAACAUUUGGUCCCACCACCCCCAAGCCAUCCCUGUAUGAUGACUUUAGUCACACUUCUAAGCAUAUGCCCCAAUAAAGGCUGUCAGAAUCUUAGAUAAUUAAUCCUGAGGGAAAUUCAAGG